AUGCAUUCCUCCGACGACGGCGAGGUAAGGAAAGGAGAGAAGGAAGCUGUACUUCACGACGACGGCGAGGAGGGCGCCUCAUUGCUGAGAAGGUUGAGCAUAGGCCCUCGCCCGUCGACCCGUGACCGGCAACUUGUGAUUCUGGCCCUCGGCGGCUUGCUCUGCGAACGUGUCCUCAUACGUGAAAAUCCCUCCAGAGUCUUCAAUGCUCGCCGGCCUUACGAUGCCGCGUACGGGAGCUUUGUAGUUUACAAGAGGCCUCACUGCGAAACGUUUCUGAAAUUCUGCUUCGAAAAGUUCGACGUGGCGAUCUGGUCAACGGCAAAUAGUUGGUACACAGAGAAUGCUUUGGACUGUGUAAUGACCGGGCUGAAGAAGAGCGGUCUUGUGUUUGUUUGGAAUCAACAUGCUAUUGACUCAGGAUUCAAAUCACUGCAAAAGAAAGAUAGGCCCAUCUUCUUGAAGAAGUUGAGUAAUGUUUGGGAUCGGCGUUGGAGAACUACUUUUGGUAGCAGUAGUCGUCGAUAUUCAGCUUCCAAUACGUUAAUGAUCGAACUCGAUGAUGUACCCGAGAAGACACUCUUGAAUCCUCCAAACACAGCUGUGUUUGCUCCUGAGUACAAGUUUGAGGAUGACGAUGAUAAUGUACUAGCUCAAGAAGGGGAACUGUGGAAGUUCUUGGAUGGGCUAUCUAGGGCUGAAGAUGUGGGCUCCUAUGUGACGGCCAAUCCAUACGGGCCUCCUGCCAUAACAGCAGCCCAUCCCGACUGGGCUUAUUACCAAGAGAUCAUACAUGCUCAUGGCGGAAGCAGCUGA